AUGGACGUGACCGAAUCAUCCGAACCGACCCCUUCCUUCUCUCACCUCCUGGGCCUUCUUCUAGAGGCAAUCACUGCCUACCUCCUCGUUAGAGCCCCGUUCCUUCCUGAGCUAUCCUGUCCAUCCACUCAUCAGCGCCGGCGCCCCCUUUCCCCCAAUUAUAUUCGCACGAUAAUAAACCUGCUUCUGACCUCUCUCUCGUCCUGGCUUCUUCUUCUUCCUGUGUAUGCGUAUUUGCGACGACUUCACUCGCAACCUUCUCCUCUUCCUCUGCUUCCGCAUUCUCGACAAGUAACCAGCUCUCGACUCUCAAGGUGCUGUCACUCAUACGCCGGAAACGGUCAUUUGUGUCGCGCGACUGACGUUGCACCUGUUCUCCUCCUACUGUUCUUUGAGCUGGAAACCCCUCCCAGCUCGCUCUUUUGGUGA